AUGAAAAUUAAUUUCGCUGAAGUCCCGGACCCCGGAGACAGAUAUGAACUCGGUCACAUACUGGGAUGUGGUGUAUAUGGAAGAGUACAUCUUGCUACUGACAGUCAAGCAAGUAAAAAGAGAGUUGCUAUAAAAAUUCAAAAAUAUAACUCUGAAACAGAGAGGUAUGUAGAACAGGAAUACAAUAUACUGAGGGAUAUAAACAACCAUUUAAAUUUGGUGGACUUUUAUGGUGUUUAUAAAAAGGGAAAUGAUAUAUGGUUUGUUUUAGAGUUAUGCGAAGGAGGGCCCGCUAUAUGUUUGGUAAAUGGUUUAUUAGCAAAAAAUAGAAGAAUGGCUGAAGAACAUAUUGCCUAUAUACUUAAAGAAGUCACGAAGGCCAUCAUAUAUCUACAUGAAAACAACGUUAUUCAUAGAGAUGUAAAAGGUAGUAAUAUACUAUUGACAAGAGAAGGCGAGGUAAAGCUCUGUGAUUUCGGCCUAUCCCAGAAACUCCGAAGCAGUGACGAAAAGCUGUUUGCCAAAAUGGGCUCACCUUGUUGGAUGGCUCCUGAACUUGCUGCUGCUAAUCAAAAAAAGAAAGACGCUUACUAUGACAAUAGGAUCGAUGUUUGGGCACUAGGUAUAACAGCGAUAGAAUUGGGUGAGAGUAAAACUCCUUUUCAAGAUGUUCACCCCACAAGAGCGUUAUUUCAGAUUAUCACGAAUCCUCCACCAACUUUACAAAAACUUUCUAAUUGGUCCGAAUACUACCACGACUUUAUUAGUGAGUGCUUAGUGAAAUGUUUUGAAUACCGACCAUACAUUAUAGAAGUCAUAGAUCAUCCGUUUUUGCAACAGAUACCAGAAAAUAACUACCACUUAUCCCUAGAGAUCAAAACGUUGUUAUCAGACAUUGACAAAUUAGACCUAUUAAGAAGACCAGCUGAGAUUAUUGUAAACGAAAACUGUGUCAAGAAAGGUAUUGAUGGAGAUUUAGAAGACAUGUAUGAAGAAGAUUUGGCUUCUUUGCCGAAUUUGACAGAAAAUAGUAUAUUAACUCUUUUGGAAAAGCGUCUAGAAAUAGGAGAAUGUUAUUCUUCUAUUGGAGAUGUCUUAUUGUACCUGAAUCCAAAUGAAAGAAGAAGUAUUUAUGGAAAAGAGUUUCAUGAAAAAUACUACUUCAAGUCAAGAUCAGAAAACGCACCACAUAUUUAUUCUGUUGGCGAUACCGCUUACCAAAACGCUUUGCACCAUGUAAUACCUCAACAAGUUAUAUUCAUCGGAGAAAGUGCAUCUGGAAAAACUACGAACUAUCUACAUUUACUAGAUCAUUUGCUUUAUCUAGGCGAAAAUGCUAGUAUAAACUCUGAUCGAAUUAAGAGCGCGGUCAAAUUAAUCCACACUCUUAUACAUGCUUCCACCCCUACAAAUGACUAUUCGACGAGAGCGAUAUUCAAGACUAGCUUUUCGUAUGGGAAAACUGGAAAAUUUACCGGGGCUGAGUUUAAGGUGCUUGGAUUGGAAAAAUGGAGAAUUUCAUCACCAGACACAACUCAAAGCAACUUCCACUUCUUCUAUUACAUACUUGACGGUCUAAUAUUAGCAAAUUUAGCAGAAAAAUACAAGUUAAAUACAAACAGAGAUUACCGUUACUUAAAACGUGAAGAAAUAGAUAAGACCACGCUCCCUAAAUAUGAUACCGAAGGCAACAUUAUCAAGUUCCAAAAAAUUGUUCAAUAUUUGGAAGAACUACAAUUUACCGAUGAUGAAAUGUCUACCAUAUAUUCCGUAAUAGCUGCUAUUCUCAAUUUAGGAGAAGUGCAGUUUUACGAGAAUGAAGAGGGUUUUGCAGAAAUAGAUAACAAAGAACCAAUACAUAAUUUUUCACAUCUACUAGAGGUUGAUAACAAGAAAAUCUGUUGGGCUUUGACGAAUUAUUGCCUAAUCGUUGCAGGAAAAGCUAUAAGGAAGAAAAAUACUUGUGGCGAAGCAAGCGAUACUAGAGAUGUGCUUGCAAAUAAUUUAUAUACGAGAUUAGUGGAUUACAUAGUAAGCAUUGUUAACAGAAAGUUGUCUUUAGGAAAAGAAAUUUUUGGUGAAAAAUACCAUAUAAAAAUUCUAGAUUAUUUUGGAUUCGAAUGUUUUAAACAAAAUCAUUUGUCCCAAUUUUUCGUAAACUGUUUCAAUGAGCAAAUACAUUAUCACUUCCUGCAGAGGGUGUUUUCUUGGGAAAUCAUGGAUUUAAUAAACGAAGAGGUGAAAUACACACCUAUAAAUUAUUUUAACAACAAGGAUACCUUAAAUGAACUUUUAGGAAAACCGGAGGGCGUUUUGUCAAUUAUUGAUGAUGCUUCAAGAAAAGGUUAUAGUGGCAGUUAUAUUACAGGCAAUAUUCAGAACUUAGAAAAAACUAAAAUUAUGGUCUAUGAUACUUUGAAAUUCUCUGUAACUCAUUACACUGGAACAGUUUCUUACAACGUAAAAGAUAUGCCAGAGAAAAACAGAGAUUUUCUUCCACCUGAAAUAAUCGACACGAUGAGAAAUUCGCAAAACUGUGCAAUUAGCAUGUUUUUCACUAACAAAUUGGAAAAAUGUGGAAAUCUAUAUAUUCCUAUGGAAAAGGCUAAGAAAAUCAAAUACGCUUUUACCGAAAAGUUAUCAAGUAAAAAUCAUUUUUCUCAGAUAAAGAAAAUGCGUACUCAGGCAACUAUAUUCAGAGCAAUAUGCCUUGAUCUUUUUAAAGAGCUGUCUAUAGGAAGCGGUUCUGGAGGGACACAUUUUGUGGAAUGUAUUAGAACAGAUCUUAACAGAAGACCAUUAACUUUACAAAAGGAAUUACUACGACAGCAACUACGAGCUCUUACCCUAAUAGAGACAGCCAAAAUGAGACAACUAGGCUAUCCACAUAGGAUAUCUUUUUCCGAGUUUUUAAGAAGGUACAAAUUUUUGGCAUUUGAUUUCGAAGAGAAUGUUGAGUUAACUAGAGAUAAUUGUCGCUUAUUAAUGGUACGUUUAAAAAUGGAAGGAUGGGCUCUAGGUAAGACCAAAAUAUUCCUAAAGUACUACAAUGAGGAAUACCUUUCUCGACUCUACGAAACACAAGUUAAGAAAAUUAUUAAAAUCCAAAGUAUCCUUAGACGAUUUCUUGCCAAGUGUAGACUUGCUAAGGAAAUUAAAGAUCAAGAAAGAGAAUGCAUCCAAGAAAUCAAGAAACGUAGAAGGAGCAGCAUAAUGACAGAAGAAGAAGCAGCAGAAAUUAUUCAAAAAGCUUACAGAAAAUCUACCAGGCGUAAGGAACUUUCUGAUAUGUUUGAACCAUUAGAAGAAGAAGAAUUCAUAUUCAUCAAACCUUUUGCUUUGAAAUGGAAAAAUAAAAGUAUCUUUUCUGUUCUAGUACGCUAUAGGGCAAUCAGAUUACAAGAUUUAUUCAACUUCUGCCAGCAGAUCCAUUUGUAUAAUUUAAAUGUAUAUCACAAUUGUCGGCAAAUUAUGGAAAAUGUUGACUUGAAUACGGUGGAUAGAAAAGCAGCAGUUUCUUUCUGGCUGGGUGAAAACAUCAAGCCAGUUUUAAAGAUAGCUUUUCGUUUAAAUGACAUACCCUUCUACGACACAUCACACAUGUAUGAUUUGCUUACGAAUUUAGGAAAUUUUGAAAAACAGGAACCCUGGGAUGUAUCUUAUCAAUGGAGAGAAUCUCAAUCCCAAGAAAUUUUACAAAAAAACAGGUUACAACAAAACUUUUCUAAAUCUGAAGACCUUGUAAAUGUAGCUUAUAGUAGAAACCCAGAUGAUGAAAUCGUAAAACUUUCGAGCUCCAAUGAUGACGAUGAUGAAGAAACAGAAGACAACUCCAAACAAUUAAAGGAUAUUCAGAAUGAAUCAGUCAAAGGCAAUCAAACCCCAGAAUCAACAGAUCUAAAAAGCGAUGACGAGAAUAUUGAUGAGAAUAUUGAAACAGAUGAUUCAGUGGAUACAGAUGUCAAUAUAAGCAAUGAAGUAAUUGUAGGAAAAAGAGAAAGAGAAAUUAAAGACGUUGGGGUAGAAAAACAAACAGCCCUAAAUAAUGGAAAUGUUGAAAUAUUUGAUACUGAAUCAAACAGGUUAAUAUUUAGAGAAAUAGAUAAAUCCGAUGAAGCUAAAUAUAUCGAGAACUCUAAACCCGCUAAUAAGGAUUUCGAAUAUAUUAAACCUACUCCUAAUAAAGAUGAAAAUAUUGAAGGGCGAGAUAAUAAAUCAGGGAAACCAAUUUUUGAAGAAAUAAAGCUAAGAAAAGUUAAUAAAUGCGACGAAGUUAAAUAUAUAAUAAACUCCAGGCCCGCUAAUAAAGAUUUCGAUUAUAUUAAACCUACCCCAACAUCUAUAAAAUCGAAAUUACCUGUCGAUCCCAUUGCAGAGCUGCGGAAUAUUGUUCGAAAAGACAGUAACGUUAGUGACGAUGACCCACCCUUUAACUUUCAAGGAAUGCUAAGAAAGACAAAUUUUAGAAGAGAUUCUUUGAAAAAUAACGCAGAAGUGUCCAGAAGGGAUUCUUUGAGGAAGAUAGUGGACUCACCAAGACGUGAUUCUUUAAAAAAUGCUAUGAAAGCUGUACGAAGGUUUUCCCUUGGGAAAGAACCAGAAAAUUAUGCUGAUGUUACCACCAAUGGUACUGAUGUAGAAGAACCCAUCACAUGUAAACCAGUUGAGCUUGAAAUAUUACCUGGAUUAUUCAUUAAUGGAAUGGAAGUAGAUCUAUAA